UGCAGACCGCAUACGAAACCCGGUGUAUAUAAUCCAAGCUGGUCGACUUCGGAAAUCAGUCGACUCGACAACUCAACCGUGUAACUUACCGGGUACAACAAUGAAGGGAUUCAUCGCUUUCGCUCUCUUGAUCGCUGCGGUCGCCGCAGAGCCACCAAGAUACCGUCCCCAAAGACAAUUCUUCUUCGCCAGACAACAGGAGGAGGCCACCACCGUUUCCAACGCCCCCUACGCGCCUUCCGGAUGGAGACCGAGCGGACCGGCUUUCAAUCUACCUCAGAGACAGUACGGCGCGCCUAGCGCACCGCAACAGCAAUACGGCGCGCCUAGCGCACCGCAACAACAGUACGGCGCGCCUAGCGCACCGCAACAGCAGUACGGCGCGCCUAGCGCACCGCAACAACAGUACGGCGCGCCCAGCGCCCCUCAACAGCAGUACGGCGCGCCUCAACAACAAUAUGGCGCACCGGCGGUUCCGCAGCAGCAGUAUGGGCCACCGCAGGAAGCUACGACGACCGAAGCGCCCAGCAGCACGGAGGCGGAGGAUCUUGCUACCACUGUCGCAAGUGUCGAGUCCGAGUCCGAGCCCGUCAACUCGGUGAACGAGCUCGAGGACGAGGAGGUGGACGAGCAACAGCCCCAGCAGUCGGGCGAGUACUACUUGGCACUGCCUGACGGCCGUCUGCAGCGCGUCCGCUACGUGAGCCGGCAGAACGUGGAGGCGAUGAAGUACUUCGCCAAGAUCCGGGCCGAGAACGUGGAGCCGCUCCGCGGCCCGAUCUACGCCUACGCGCCCCUCCAAAAACUGCAGAUUUUCCCAGCCGGCCUCCAACUGGCAGUGGCGCCCCCCCAAUCGAAGCCGCAGAAACUCGAGAUCGAGCCGGUCGCGGCCCAAGUCCAGUACCAGUACGACAAUCCGUCCGCGGUGCUUCCGUUGCCCGGUUACCAGCCGGCCGCGGGUGAAUCCAGAUAUUUGCUCACGUUGCAAUAGGAAAUUAUUAUCUACGUGUAUCUAUGACGAGGAUCAACGAAAUUUGAACAUUUCUUGAUCUUAAAUUAAUCGUAAGGAUUGAGAGUUUAUUUAAGGAAGAGAAGAAUUGUAUUUAAUGUAAUUAAUAAAGAUCAUUGUAAACGGUUAUCCUUUUAAUUUUAUCUUUAGAAAAUCGAAAUUCUAAAACGAAAUUUUAUUUCGAAGAUGUAAGAAAGAUAUAUCCUUAUGCAUUAUUCGAAGCCGGCCGCGGGUGAAUCCAGAUAUUUGCUCACGUUGCAAUAGGAAAUUAUUAUCUACGUGUAUUUUGACGAGGAUCAACGAAAUUUGAACAUUUCUUGAUCUUAAAUUAAUCGUAAGGAUCGAGAUAGCGAGUGUAUAUUUAAGGAAGAGAAGAAUUGUAUUUAAUGUAAUUAAUAAAGAUCAUUGUAAACGGUUAUCCUUUUAAUUUUAUCUUUAGAAAAUCGAAAUUCUAAAACGAAAUUUUAUUUCGAAGAUGUAAGAAAGAUAUAUCCUUAUGCAUUAUUCGAAGCCGGCCGCGGGUGAAUCCAGAUAUUUGCUCACGUUGCAAUAGGAAAUUAUUAUCUACGUAUAUCUUGACGAGGAUCAACGAAAUUUGAACAUUUCUUGAUCUUAAAUUAAUCGUAAGGAUUGAGAGUUUAUUUAAGGAAGAGAAGAAUUGUAUUUAAUGUAAUUAAUAAAGAUCAUUGUAAACGGUUAUCCUUUUAAUUUUAUCUUUAAAUCUUACAUGAUUUGAGUUCAAAUCGACGUAAGUCAGAUUGGUUUCUAUCUAUAAUAAAAUAUUAAUUAAUUGUACGAAAGGACUUUAAUUUUUAAAUUAUUUAUAAAUUAAUAAUAAAUAUAUUAUA